AUGCAGGAUCACGAACGGGACCCCCUCAACCCAUCGGCCAUGGACCUCAUGAACUUUCUCGACUACGGACUGGAAGAGAAAAAGUGGAAGCUUACAACAGUUCUCACUUACAAAUCAGCCAUUCUACGGCUAUUUCCCGCCAAGCAACAACUGAAGAUCAAGGAGGAUGAGCUCUUCAAGGACUUUAUGAAGGUGAUGGGCACAGGCACCUUCAAACGGCUCCAUAACGCCACAGUGGAUCUGACGCCGAUAUUGACUGGUCUUCAAGCACUCGGCGACAAUCACAGCAUGGACAUCAAGGACCUUACCGCCAAGACAUGCUUCCUCUUGGCCACAUGCGGUCUCCUGCGACCGGACGACCUAGCCUGCACGGAUGCGUCCCAGUGCAAGAUCAACGGAAACAAGCUGGAGCUCACAGUCGUAUUCCCCAAGGAACACCGAGGAGGUCAAAUGAUUAUCAAGCCUGUCAUCAUCAAGCCACACCCGGUCGAGUUCUUUUGCCCGGUCAAAGCCUAUGUCGAGUAUCGGCGACGUACUUCGAACCAGGAUCGCUUUGCCAGGACGACACACCCCAAGGUCGAGACAGAACCCUUCACCCCUCUCAUUCGACAUGUGCGUCGAGCCAAUCUGGGAUUGAGUUCGGAUCGGAUCCGCAAAUACAUCCAAGAGAUCAUGCAGCUGAUGCCACGAGACGAGACCCAGCCACCAUACAAGGCCCGAGCAGUGGGUACGAUCGCCGCACUGGAGAAGGGGAUCCCAUUAGACGACGUUGUCACGCACGGCAACUGGUCAUCCCCAGCCAUCGUCGAAGCGUUCCACAGGAUCUCGCGGUCCCUGGCGAACAACUUCACCACAGCCAUUCUUUCCUAA